AUGUCGAACGAAACUCCUGAUCAAGGUGUGACUUUUAAAUCUUUACUGUUCAACGAGAACGGUAAAUUUUGUCUUCCAUGUACACUUUACAAAUCGUUUCAAUACAUUUCAGGAACUACUGGGAAGUCUGUAACAAGUCCAGCACCGAUCCAAGAAGAAACCAUUUCUAAGCAAAGUACAGCACUUUCGACUCUACCAAGUAGUGAUCUGAUUCCAGGUUCGAGAACUUAUGUUAAGGAGGAUCCUCCCGAUGUGAACAAAUUAGGGUCAGCAUCAUGGACGUUCCUUCAUGCUGUGGCUGCCAAAUACCCAGAGAAACCAACACCAUUCCAACAGGAAGAGAUGUCAGAUUUUUUAAACAUCUUUUCACAUGUAUACCCAUGCUUCUGGUGUGCUAAAGAUUUUGAAAAAUACAUUAAGGAGAAUGCCCCAAAUGUAAAAUCUCAAGAAGAACUAAGUAUUUGGAUGUGUCAGGCACACAACAAAGUUAACAAGAAGCUUGGUAAAGCACAAUUCAAUUGCGAUUUUUGGAAAGCAAGAUGGAAGGAUGGCUGGGAUGAACAAUAA